AUGUUGAACGGCGGAAUCUUAGUGGAUACAGGAACAAGAUUUACCCGUUUUCCUCAUGAUUUUUAUAUAGUCUUUCGCUACAUAUUUAGAAUUGAAGUACGGGAUAUUAGAAUGGUUGAAAAUCCAGUUGGAGCUUUUGACACUUGCUAUAAGGAAGAUCCAAAUGGUCAUGACUUAUACUUUCUUGUUGUGAAGUUGUACUUUGGCAGCGUAAACCCGAGUACCAUGUUGUUUCUCGCGCAAGAACAAGUCGUUGUGAAGUAUCGUGGGCUCUACUGCUUGGCUUUUAAGGGAUGGAAUAAUGAAUACUCAAUAUUAGGAAGUAAUCAACUCCAAGGUGUAGCAUUAUCUUUUGAUACAUCAGCAAACACUUUGUCCUUUGACGCAGAUGGAUGCGAUUGA